AUGCCAGAGUGGCUCGCGGGCGCUGUGCUGGAGGCUGCGCGGGAGAGGCUACGAACGGUGGGCACCGCGAGCCUGGUCUGGGCUGGGCAAGCCGCUCAGGUGUGCCCCGACUGCACCCGCACUCCCAGCCUGGCAGACCCUGCCCUGCAGUGCCCCCCCUGCACGCUCGGGGGCGCGGCCUGCCCGAGCUUUCCUGAGGUCAGCUGCCUGAGGGCGGCGCCGGACCUCAGCAGGUGGUGGAUCUUCGCGGUGGUGGUCGCGGGCCUCGACGGGCUGGCGGCGGGCUGCUGCGCGGGGGCCGUGUUCGGCUCGGGGCUUCGCAGGGCUGCGCAGGGCCGAUUCGAGGCCGAUCGCGCCAGGGUCCCGCCGCUCGGCCAGCUGCACACGGCUGCGGAGUGGCGACAGAUCUUCGACGACGGGGUCGCGAUCGCCCAGAUGGAGAAGGCGGGGCUCGGCAUCGACGACGACGCUGCUAAAGCUGAGUCUGAGGCUGUGCGUGAUCGGGUGGUUCAGCAUGGCUGGGCCGCCGACUCAGGCCUGCCGGCUGGACCGCCGCCCGCUGACGCCGGCGCCAGGGCCGGGGCUCUGGUGGCAGACGGGGGCGCGGCUCCCGCGGCCGACGGCCUGGCCGCCCCGCCUGCUGUACCGCUCGCCGCCGUGGGUGGGGGCGCCGCCAUCCCGGGGGCUGGAGCAGCCAUGGGUGCCGCGGUGGCGCCCGGAGGCGGCCCCGCCCCUGGCCUGCAGGGGAUCGUGGUGGCCAACGACGGCCAGCCGGGGGCGCCCGCCAUCGGGUCUGACUGGGGCGUGGAGGCCACAGCCAGUGUCGUGGGCAAGUUCGAGCUGGUCAAGCUUGGAACGGCCACCCUCGUGCUGGAGAGCAUUGCGGUCGGCAAUAAGAAGAAUGUGCUGGUCUCGAGGAAGGGCGAGCUUGGGCAGGCGGUGGUCCGAUCUUCUGGGCCGGGUCUGCCAGGAGCUGGCCUUGUACCUCAGGCAGAUGGAGACGGGCCGGCGGCUGCAACGCCUCUCAAGUCAGCUGUCGCUCGAGUGCUGCCCAUGCUGUACGAUCAGACUGGGCAGGGGUUCAGGGCCUACACUAAUGCUGUCGGGCGGUUGGAGGAGCCACGGUUCGACGACUUCCCGGUGGUGGGCCCUGGAACGACUCUCUGGCGGUGCAAGUUCAUCAGAGACCAGGGGAUCGUGGCCCGCCCCAGAGCCGAGAAGUGGAUGCGAGAUGCCCAUGUGCCGGACAACGACAGAGUUAUGCACGAGCAUGGCAGUCUCAUGGAGAUCCUCGAGGCUGCGCUCACGUAUGAUCAGCUUGAUGUUGCUGCCCUCGCCUCUUUCGGGGUCCUGUCGAGGGGGAUUCAGCUGUUGGAGGAGGCGUGCACGUCCAACCCGAAGGCGUCGCAGUUCGAGGGGGGUGGGCACUUCCAGGGCCUUGGCAGGAGAGUCGCGGCCGUGGCGCCUCUACUCACCUCGCACGUGGCGUUGCAGCUGCAAGGCGAAGUUGCGAUCCAGAAAGAACGACGCAAGGGCUGCGACGAGUUUUUGACCAAGGCAAGGCGGGAGGUCGACAGCGUGACCUUCUACCUCUGCCUCGACAUCGUGAUUGGGAAGGCCCUCGCAGCUCGCUCAGUCGUGGCGUUCAAUAAUGUAUUUGCCGCCGUGCUUGGAUCGACAGGCGCGCCGACGAGAACUUUUUGGGGUCUCGACGGGCUCGAGGGCAUCGGUGACAAGUCGCCCAGCGGUCCUGGUGGUGAACAGUCGCGUGCUGCUGCUGCCCUGGCCCGUGAAGCGGCUGGAGCUGUGUCCUUGCCUAAGGAGGGGCCCGCCCCGCAAGAAGCUCAGGCGGCGCUUCUGCAUACAGACGCCCGCUAUGGUGACAGCGAGUGUGCCGGGAACGUUGCACCGUUUGGCUCGGCUUCAGUGUCUCUGCCGAGUCGCGACCUGCACGGGGUGGACAUCUACGACGUUCUGCCCUCGGACGCGUCGCACAAGUUUAAGCGGUUUUGCGACGCCAUCUUUCUCAGUGUCGAGGAGUAUGCAUUGCAUAUCAAGAGCGAGGGACUGCCCAUUGUUUACUUUGAACCAGUGCUGGAGGCACGCCGGGCCGCGACUGUGGGGGUGGAGAGCAUCAAUGGUAUCAAGCUGGCAUACGUCGGCUACUUCGGGUUCUUCGGCUGUGACAUGGCCGAGGUUGAGGCCGCGCAUCGUCUGGCUCUCAGAGGCAUUCGGCAAGCAGGCCUUCACGUGCAUGAGAUUGAGCAGGCCAGCACUCCUUUGGACAUCGUGAGAGGGCGCCUCUAUGGGAAGGAGAAGGUGGUCAGGCUACCCCCAGCCAGGGCGUGGCGACUGCGCGCGAGGCUACGUGCUCUUGUACGACGCGGGCGCUGCGCUGGGAGGGAGAUGCGAACCACGCGUGGGUACCUCUGUUUCGCUCUCCUACUUCGGCGCCCUUGUCUGGCCUGCACUGCGGGCUCCUUCGCCUUUGCCGAGGCUGCUGGAGGGGGGCCAAAGAACCUUUGGCCGAGCGUCGAGAGGGAGCUCCUCAUCGGCGCUACCAUCCUGCCGCUGGUCUACGUCGACACUGGGGCGGGCUGGCUCGACCAGGUGGUUGUGACGGAUGCUUACGAUGCUGGGCUUGGCGCCUGCGCUGUUGAGUGGGGCUCGCAAGAUAUACGAAUGACGGGCAGCCGCGACGAGCGCUGGAGGUUCAUGAAGGAGGCGUGGGGCGCCAAGCUCGGGUUCAAGCCCGUGGUUCGUUGCGGGCGCGGGCGGCGCAGCAAGAUGCUCAUGCUAGUGGGCCAUAUGUCGUCUGCGCUGGCCAUGCGGUCAAUCCUGCUGAUCAACCUUCGCGGAUUGGGGAACCUGCUGGUCCUGCUGUGGGCCAUGCAUGGCGUCACCCUCCCGGGCUUCCUCGUCCUGAUGACGGGCGCGGUCUCGAGGGCGCCUGCGAGGAUGCGCAGGGUGGCGACGGGCAUCGCGACGCGCAACUUGACGCAGCAGGCCAUGGCAGGGCCAGUGAUGCAUCUGGAUUGUCACGACCUUCGAGUGCGCGAAGCUGUGCCGCUGGAGGACGACCAGUCGCCUCAGGCCGCAGGAUCAGGGCCAUCCGAGCGGGCGAUCCUGGCCCGGCCCCCGGCGAGGCAAGCCGAGCUUCAAGGCGGCUGGCAGUGGUCGCGAGUCACAACCUCGACAAGGCGGGCUGCCGCCCGGCGCUCGGCCAGCGGCGGAGGCCUCUCCUACCUCGAGAGCAUCGCUGUGAGACCCGUCAGGGUCGAGGACUACCACAGGCGGAUCGAGGCGAUCGUCUACGACAACAACAUGACGGUGGACCACGAGAACUUGCAGUUCCUCGGCCACUUCUUCAAGCUGUGCCGCCAGGAGAUGGGGACGAGCGACCCGCUGUGGGGCCUGACGCAGGCGGAGUUCAGGGCCAUGAUCGCGGAGGCGCUAAAGGUGUGCCGGCUCGAGGGCCUGGGGAGCAUCCCCUACGACCUUCGGCGCGCAGGCCCGCCAUGGGUCGUCAUCACGGGCAGGAGAUCUCAGGUGGAGAUCCAGCGUCUCGGGCGCUGGGCCAGCAUGAGCUCUCGCAUCAGGUGCAAGCAGUCCAGCAAGGUCAUCCUCCUGCUCGUGGGCCUAGGCGACAACACCCAAGAGUACCUCAGGCUCGGCAUGGCGCACCUGGGGCGAGGCUACAUUUUCCUCGACAUCUUCGCUGGUUCCGAGGGAGUCAGCAAAACAGUGUCGAGGUGUGGCAUCUCGGCGCUCGAGGUGCAGCUCGAGCUUGAGAUCGACAGUUUUGCGCCUGGAUCUGUUGUGUUCGACCAGUGCCUGUUCAAGAAUGACUUCAGGAAGCGGACCGCCAUCUUGUAUCCUCAGAUCUCGACUACUCUUUCCUGA